AUGGUGAGGGUCAGUAGCGCGUGGCACAGCUGCACGCCCCGCAGCCGCCUACUGGCCAGCCUUCUGGCGCGGCUGUUGCUGCUGUGUGGCGCGGCGGCGGCCUCCAGCCUGGGGCAGCAGGGCGAGGCGCUUGGGCGGCGCGCCGGCGCCGGCUUCACCGCCGCCGCCACCGCCGCGGUGCGCCCGCCGGGCGGCCGUGGCCUCGUCCUGGGCGGCCGCCGCUACCGGCUGCAGCUGCGGUACACGGCCUGCACGGGGCUGGUCAACCAGCAGUACAGCCACAUCGCUGCCUUCACCCUGGCAGCCGCGCUGGGCGUGUCGGACGUCCACCUGCCGCCCGCCGCUGUCCGCGACUCGUUUGGCCACAAGUUCUCGGUGCAUCAGGAGCAGAACCAGAUGCAGUGGUUCCCAGCCAGGGCCAGCUGCCUGCUGGACGUGGAGCGGCUGCAGCGCACCUGGGCGCACCAGGGGGUGGCGGUGCACGAGCCCCGCACCCUGCUUCCCUUCCCAGACCUCAUGUUCCCCUCUGGCGCCUUCAUCCUCACGCCCGUGCCGGGGCUGGACCCGCGGGCGGUGGUGCGCCUGCACGGCAUCUACAUGGCGGGCAUGGAGCUGAGCCAGCUGGUGGCGCAGGUGCGGGGGGCGGCGGAGGCGCACCUGGCCCGCCUGGCCGCCGCUUUCCCCGAGCUGCAGCUGCGGGAGCUGCUGCUGGAGCUGCCCUGCACCUUCUUCUCCCUGCACACCGCCAGCAUCCUGCCGGUGGUCAGCCAGGUGGCCUCAACCCUGCACUUCAACCCAGCACUGGAGUACCUGGCUGACCGGGUGGUGGCGUACAUGACGCGGGACGGGCGCCGCACAUUCAACGGCGCCCACCUGCGUGUGGAGAAGGACGCAAUGGAGUGGAUCUCGAUCCUGGGGGGGGCCCACACGGGCGUGGCGCUGCUGAUUGGGGAGCGCAUGUGCAGCGAGGUGCUGUACAAGGAGGAGUACGUGCCGCCCUUUGAGCUGCAGAGUGAGCGGCGGGGGGUGGGGGUGGGGGUGGGGGUGCCGCCCUUUGAGCUGCAGCGCCUGAACAGCGAGCAGCUGGCGCUGCUCGACUUCCUCAUCCUGGCCCGCGCCGACAAACACCGCAUCCUGCACGGCGUGCCGCCAGGCCGCUCCCUGCUGGUCAACGCCUCGCGCAUCGGCACCGACGAGAUGUUUGCCCGCUCCGCGCUGGUGGCCUCCCGCCGCAUCGGCAGCCUGGGCAUCGCGGCGGCGGCGGCCGCCGCCUAG